CCGCCUCUCCAACAAGCGCACCCACCUUGUCCAGCAGCAGCACUGUGCGCCAGGCAGCGAGAGCACAGGCGUGGGGCUCACCGGGGAGCGGGCAGGACGGAGUGGCAGCGGCGGCACUUCUCGGAGGAAACACGGUCGUUUCUUGGUUAGUAGGAAACUGUUUAAGACCUCUUAGGACUCAGGGGGUACUGUUCAUUUUGUCAGCCGUGGAAAGGGAACUCCUUCACGGUCAAAUUUGGGAGUACCGUAACCUGUGGUGUGGAGGAAGGGAGAAAGAUGCAGUCCCGAUCCGACUCGGUGCGCCGCGCAGUCCGCCUCCGAGGCUGGUGAUGCCCGCCGUGCGGGGAUCACCGCCCAGCAGCAGCAGCAGCAGCAGCGGCGGCAGAGGGAGGAGGAGGUCAGGACAACAGGGCGUCGGGGGGCCGGUGAUGAUGAUGGUAAGGUCGGGAUCAUGGCUAACGGAACCGGCACUAUCAUGUUAAAAUGCGUCGUGGUCGGAGACGGUGCAGUGGGCAAAACGUGUCUUCUGAUGAGCUAUGCCAAUGACGCCUUUCCAGAGGAGUAUGUACCCACAGUCUUUGAUCAUUAUGCAGUGAGUGUCAACGUCGGAGGAAAGCAGUACUUGUUGGGACUGUAUGACACAGCUGGUCAGGAGGACUACGACCGCCUCAGGCCGUUGUCCUACCCCAUGACCGAUGUCUUCCUCAUCUGCUUCUCUGUGGUUAACCCUGCCAGUUUCCAGAAUGUGCGUGAAGAAUGGGUGCCGGAGUUGCAGGAGUAUGCACCCAGUGUCCCCUACCUGCUCAUCGGCACCCAGAUUGACCUUCGUGAUGACCCCAAGACCAUUGCCAAACUGAAUGACAUGAAGGAGAAGCCCAUCGCCACUGAGCAAGGACAGAAACUAGCGAAGGAGAUUGGUGCAUGUUGCUAUGUGGAAUGUUCAGCUUUGACCCAGAAGGGCCUGAAGACAGUGUUUGACGAGGCCAUCAUUGCAAUUCUGACUCCCAAGAAAAAGAAGGGAGCUCUGAAGAGACGACUGGGACCCCGCUGCAUCAACUGCUGUCUGAUUACGUGAUACAUAAACCCGGAGAUCAUUCAGCAACCAACCAUAAACCAAACCUGGACUGAAGGCAAAAGACAGACAAUAGAAAAAUGCGCAAAAGAGAAGACUGAAAAGGACAAAACAAGAGCUACUUUUAAGCUGCAGGGCUCUUGAAAGGCCAUAACUCUCUCCUGCUGUCCAACACGGUUUGAGGAUGCAGUUUACUACCAAAGGAGCACAAAACCCAAGUCAGUCUUUUCUUCAAAAAUACUUUUUGCCUCAAAAGUACCUUCUUUUAUAACCAUUUUUAAUCAUUUUUCCUGUACACAAUUGUGGUAAGCUGUCAUACAAAAAACACAAAAAGACAUUUCAGUUUCAAGAGAAAUACUACAUUUUAAGGAGUUUAUAUUAUUUCUAUGGUUUUGGAAGCUAGAUUAUUGAUUUGUGAAUUUCUCAAUAAUAAGAGCAGAUGUCCAUAUCAGGAGAGAAAACCUGCAGCUGAUAAACACGAGAGGCUGACUUAAGUGACACUGUGACAGUGGCCAGGAUACAUUUCUGGACAAAGGGGCCCAGUUUUUUCAAUUUAAAACUUGUGCUACAAAGACUCUUUUGGCCCCUAAAGUCUUUCUCUAAUUAUUUGUCAAUUGAGGACCUGCAAACUACACAAGGUGCUUUGCGUUGUGUGGGGGAUAGCACAAAUGAGUGAAAUGCUGUUCAGUCAACACAUUUUGGACCUAGAACUGUAUUAUUUUAAAGUUUAAGAAUCUUGUUUUUUCCUUAUGAAAACCCCAUUAUUUUAUAGUGUGGCAUGCCAAAACUUACUGUAAGUUAGGACUGGGGCUGAGGUCUUCAUCAGGAAUGGAAGAGGUCUAUUAUCCAUUUUUUAAAAUAUAUAUUAUCCAGAGUUUAUGAUUCUAUAUCUCUAAAAUAGAGAUGAUCUAGUCUGUGCAAAUAUUAUUUUGUCAGCUGACAAAACUGCUUGAAAUCUGUUUUAAUUUUGUUAUCCUGCAAUAAUGUGUUAUCCUUUUAUCACCUUUUAAGAAGGUUUAGAAGAGAGAAGAAGAAGAUGGAUCUCAUUUUAGAAAUGAAACCCUGUUUCAUAUCCAACAUCCAAAGAAUCAAAUCCACACUUUCAUUACGGCUAAGGUGACCCAAUACUGUAUAUCUAAUGCACAACAUGAAGCACAGUCAACACCACUUCAUUUCCUGGCACAACAAAGCACCCCCCCCCCCAAAAAAAAAAAAAGGCUGAUUGAAGCACAAAAGAUGCACACUGUUCCGUCAGGCACAAGUUUGAGCAUAGCACACCAUCUUACCACGCACAAUCAUAGUCCAUCAAGUCUCUAAAAUACAUACAAAUAUUAGCCUUUCAUUAAAUACGGUCAAACCGCUUUGAAAGGGUACAGGAAGGGUUUGCGGCUUUUUGCACCAGUUGUUCGUAAGUUCAAACUUGGCCUAGUUUUAAUGUUAAGUGUUGAACUAAGUGGAGAAACUAAAUUUAAACAGCUUGCACCACAGAAACUAGUUCUUACGUUGAGAUUAGCUGUUAGUAAAUAUUUACACUCGGCGUAGCUGUUGCAUAGCGUUAGCUAACUGAACCAACUGACAAAGCUAACGUUAGCUUGCAAAGAUAUGACUUGUUUCGAGUGAAGAGUAAAAGAGGUAAAAAUGGAAUAUGGUCAACAUAUUUGACCUGACACCUUAAAAUUCUGUUUAAUAAUGAUGUAAACUGGGAAGGUUUCAAAUUCCAUUUUACAAAAACAACACAAUAUACCUCAAAUUACACAAAGUUAUGCCAAUAAUGUUAGAUUAAAUGAUGUAGCAAAAUAACAUUGCAUAAUCGGAUACUUCCCAUUCAUUCUAAACUGUAUUAAUAUUUCUAACUACGACAAACAUGUUUCUCUUCCUGUAUGCAUAUAUAAAUAAAAAGUCAUACCUACAUUUACAAAGUAUUAACACUUGAGUUUAAUAUAUCACUUGGACCCCUAAAACUGUUAUUUUUGGCAAUUAUGUUUAAAUACACAUUACAAAAGUCUAAAGACAUUUCUUGAGUUUGAAUGGUGCAACCCAAUUUAGUAAAUCACUGAUCUGAAACUAGCGAGUAGUCACUGAGAACUUCGAAAGGACUUUACACACAAACUUGGCGAUGGAUUUACGAAUAGCUGGUGCCGCCAAGUCUGUAGAAGUCAAUCCUUCAAUAGAGUUGUUACCAAAUUCGAAGUUAUGAGGUCCUCACAUGACAGCUGUGAAGGGUUUUAUACAGUGUAUGGAAACAACAUUAGUUUGACCACCACCCAUGUACCAAUCCUGUCUUUUUAGUAACACUAUAGAAACAGGUCAUCCCAUAAGAAUUCAUUGAUCCGUGUAAUAAAGUCACAUUCUACAACAUUUCAAAUAGAAACUGAGAUAAUAUGUGAAAUUUACCAGGAUUUAGAGAGUAGUUUAAAGAUCUAUGAGCCCCCCAAAUAAUUGUAUGCAACAAUGGUGUCAAGCCUACAUGACUAUAAUACUGUAGGUAAUAACUUGAGGUUGUGACUGAACUUUUCUCGCAUUCAGCUCUUCUUGUUUUUAUGCAUUUGUUAUUGGCUUUUUCUAACUUUUUUUUUUUGGGAAAGAUAUUAAUCAAAGGUGCCAACUCUUGCUAAAUGACUUCUGUUCAUUUUCUGUUCAGAGUCAGAUAUGAUGAUUGAUUAAAGCUUUAAUGUAAAUGGUGCUCGUCCUCUCUGUCCCAGCCUGCGUUGUAACUGUAACUUUGAGCAGCAGAGUGGAUUGCGGGGUGAACAGCCUUCUCUCUCGGACAGUUUUGCUUGCUUACGUUGUGUGAAGGUCCACCCUCAGGAUCCAGGACCUAAGUGCCGCAGCCACCAAUGCAUUUUCCCCAUUAAUGCUCCUCUCUUCUCAAUAAAUGUGUUUACUGUGUUAAUAA